AUGUUGAGACAAGCGUCGUCGCGGUCCAACGUGACCCGGUUGGGUCUGGUGGAGCGGGUGUUGUCGUCCAGCGUGACCUCGGUGGCCUGCUUGGUGUUCCUCUUCAUCAACGCCGUGAUGAUGUUCACCUUGAGGAGCAAACGGGUGUUCCGGGAGACGUCUCGCUACAUCCUGCUGUUCCACCUCCUCCUGGCGGACACGCUGCAGAUGGCAAUCAGCCAGGUGUUGUACCUGAUGCACGCGUAUCGGAUCAUCCCCACGUAUCCCCAGUGCGGCGUCCUCGUCAUGCUGACGAACCUGACCAAUGACAUCUCUCCUCUGGUGCUGGUGGCGAUGUCUCUGGAGAGAUACGUGGCCGUGUGCCACCCUCUCAGACACGCCUCCAUCAUCACCGUCAGGAACACGGGGGCGGCCGUGCUCUCGGCUUGGACUUUUUCUUUUUUCCAGGUUCUCACCUUGGUGCUCAUAAUGGUACAGUUUCCCUUCGACGAGCUGGAGAGUCUGAGAAUGCCCGAGCAGUGCAGCAGCGCCAGCAUAAUUCUCCUGCCCGUGUCCGAUCAUUACAGAACGGGCUACACGGCUUUUCUGUUCGGCUCCGCGAGCUUGGUCAUUGUUUGCAGCUACAUAGGCGUGGCGGUGGCGGCCAGGUCAGCGUCCACGGACGGGGAGUCGGCCCGUAAAGCCCAGAAGACGCUGCUGCUGCACCUGUUGCAGCUGGGCCUCACCGUCCUGUCCGCGCUCUACAACACUACUUUAAUGUUUAUGGCCAGAGUUACCUCGUGGGUCACCUUUAUACGAAUGCAGUCCUUUAUGUUUGUGUGUUUUUUCUUCAUGCCCAGAUGUAUGGGCUCGCUCAUCUACGGCCUGAGGGAUCAGACCAUUCGAGCCGUCCUCACACACUAUUUCUGCUGUCCGUCCAAAGUGGCCGUUGCUCAUGUCAAAGCUGGGAUUGCGUCCUGA